GAGUAAUGUCUGAUGUCACCACAGCACAGAGUAGAUCUUGUAGAUGGACGUCAGUUUUGUUGACAUUUAGUAUUUGGAUUUAAUUUUAAAAAACCACAAAAAUCUAACCUUUUAAAAUUUUAAAUAAAAUAUAAAUAAUGCAAGAAGAUUUGGAAGUUACGGGUGUUUCGCGGAGUGGGCGAGUGAGGAAAAAGAGCUCAAAGCUGAUGGAUUUCGAGUCUCCAGACGACAUUGAGACCAGGUUUCGCCGACAAACACCGAUGAAAACGUAUUCGAAUGUAAGGCACGAGGAACCAGUGGAAUAUCGGGAGCCUCCGAAAGCGGUAGAAGAAGCUGGCACCGCGUCAAGUGAAUCAGAUUAUUACGAGAAUAAUGCGGAUCAGGGCGAAAGUAUGGAGUCGGACAGCUCAGCAUCUGAUGAGGGCUCUGCACGCACACCAGCCAACUCCCUGUACAUGAUGGAGAAGAGCAAAAAGAAACUUGUCAUUAAAGAUGGCCGGGUAGUAGGGAGGGCUAAGGCGCAGAGGAAGGAUAAAGGCAAGACUCGCAUCACAGCCUACAUGAUGUGGGCCAAAGAAGCUCGCAACGACUUGCUGAGGAAACAUCCCGACAUGGAUUUCUCUGCCAUUUCCAAGAGACUCGGCGAAAUGUGGGCUAAUGUGAAUUACAAUGAACGCUACUUGUGGAAGCGCAAGGCAAAGCGUUUCGCCAUACAAAAGGAACAAAGCAACCAGCCGAUGGUUAACAAGAUUAUUUCAAACCCAAGUAUUCGACCGCAGCACCCCGGGCCGGGGCGCCCGCCCGCCAACCGCGCGCCGCCCAAGCAUUCACCCGUCGCGCACGCGCAACAGGCGCUCGUUCCGGUAUCAAACGCCAACUCUGCGGCCAAUACUGGUUCAGGCAUGUACCGGGUGACGGGUUGCGGCGCGGUGGAGGUAGCGGCGCAUCUGAGACUGCUGGGCGAGAGCUUGGCCAUCAUUGGUGAACGCCUGAAGGAACAUGAGGGUCAGAUCGCAGUAUCAGGCUCAGUGUCCGUUUUGCUGGACACGCUCCUCUGCUCGCUGGUGCCACUGAUAGCAGUGACGCGCGCCGUCCCGGCCAUCGCGCCGCCGCAGCGCCUGCUGCAGGACACGCUGCACAACAUCGCGUACAUCAUGCCCGGACUUUAGGCACCUCUAUCCUGUACAUGCGUUUGCACCUAAUGCAAUCAGUUUUUAUUUCCUCGCAAAUAGGAGCAAAGUGAUACAAGUCUCGACCAAAAUAGCAAUUACCGACCUCGUUUAUUUUAUUUGUACCAGAAAGUUGUAACAAUAAAGACAAAAAGAAAGAAAAAGUGGACAGGGAAGCACUUAUCUCUAUAAGAGAUCUCUACUAGUGACCCUUGGCAGUGCCAGAGGUUGUAAAGGGAUUAGAAUAGUUUAGUUUAAAAUCACUUGAGAUGUCCUCAGCUUGGCCUCAGCCUUCUAUUAUUACUUGACCGGUAAUUGCUUUAUUUCAGGCUUGGAUUGUAAUGUAAGAUUAGAUGGUUUAAGAAAUAAAGUUUUGACUAAAUAA